AUUUGUAUUUUUAUUCUCACAGAUACUUUUAACUUUAAUAAUAUCCUUACAAUACAACAGGAUAUUUCAUCUUUUUCAUAUGUGCACUUCGCUGUUGAAAAUAUUUCGAUAUUCGAUCAAAAUAGUUCUGAUCAUCCAAAUAUAAUCGAGGGGCAAGGUUCUAUCGGCAUAGAAAUAAUAGAACAAGUGCCGGCCGUGGACGCAAUAAUAGUCCCUUGUGGUGGUGGGAGCUUGUUAUGCGGUAUCGCCAUUUCAAUCAAGCAUUUAAAACCCGACACUGAAAUUUAUGGAGUCGAAACAGAUAAAAAUUGCAGUAUGGUGGAGUCACUUCGCAAAAAUGAACGAAUCAAAAUGAAUAUAUCAUCGACAAUAGCUGAUGAGAUAGCCGUGCCCAUGGUUGGAGUCAAUACUUUUUAUAAUAUAAAAGGGCUUGUGGACAAAAUGAUUGUUGUGAAAGAGGACUGGGUUGCUAGAGCUAUAAUGCAUAUUGUUAAAGAAGAAAAGCUUGUAGUAGAAGGUGCAGGAUCAGUUACGAUUGCGGCUAUUAUGGCUGGCCUUUUCCCCAAUUUAAAAGGAAAAAAAGUAGUAUGCGUAAUAUCUGGAGGAAACAUCAAUACUACGAUACUAGCUCGAGCACUUGAACGCGGCAUGGCGGCAGAAGGUCGGCUAGUGAAAUUCAAAGUGACCGUGAGCGACAGACCAGGAGCAAACUCCCAACUAUUAAAGCUCAUCGCUAAUGGAGGUUAUAAUUUAGUGCGACAGUUCAGAGACAAUUCAUGGAUAGAAGGCGAUACGUAUACCAUAGAGACCAAACUGGUUUGUGAAACAAGAAACCUGAAGCAUGCUUUGGAACUAAAGAGGAUUAUAGAAAGAGCAUAUCCGGGUUCUGUUUUUGAAACUGAACCUUUCAAUGAUAAACGAACUUGUCCGUGCUACGUCAAGAAGUUGUGUAGUUAA